UCGCUUAAAACCCAAGCAGGCCAACCAACCACGGAAUUAUUUUCCGGAACGAAAAAAAAUCUGCGAGGAGCCGAAGAUUCGAGAAGGAAUGGGGAAGGGCAAGGUGUACCCGUCACCGUCGCCGGCGGCGGUUGGGGGAGGAGGGGAGAUGACGGCGGAGGCGGUGCUGAUGCGGCUGCUGCCCGCAGCGGUGCUCGCGGCCGCGGCGCCGCUAGGGGCGGAGGGGAAGGAGGUGCUGGCGUACCUGGUCCUCGCUUCGCUGCGGUCGUCGGCGCCGCCGACGCCGGCGAGGGAUGGGGGGAGGGGGGAGGAGGCGAGGGCGCACCGGCCGGAGCUCGCGUGCGGGUGCUUCGGGUGCUACACGGCGUACUGGUCUCGGUGGGACGGGUCGCCGGAGGAGGACCGCGAGGCCAUCCACCGCGCCAUCGAGGCGUUCGAGGAGCACCUGUCGAGGAAGGAGGAGGAGGAGGCUGGCGGCAAGGGACGCCGCGGCCGCAAGAAGCGCGCCGCCGCCGCCAAAGACAAGGUUGGCAAGGACAAGGGCAAGGGCACGGAGCUCGCCGUCGACCCCCUCCCGCCGCCGCCGGUUACGCCGGCUGUCCUCCCUGUUCCGGAAGAGACCACGAAGGUGGAGCACGCCGUUGAGGAUGCCAAGUUGGCGGAGGAGCAGGAGGAGGAGAAGGAUGCUGUGGAUACUGCCGGUGAGGAUGGCGGCAGCGGCGGCGGCGGCGGCGAUGAGGAGAAGCGGCGGCGCGGGUGGGGCGGCGUGCUCAACUGGAGGGGGUGGGGCUUGUGGGGGUCCCACUAGUCGGCACCCGGAGCUUUUG